UCCAUUUAUUAUAAUUUGAUAAUUCUUUUAUAUCCUUCAAAAGGCUUCAUACUUGCCAAAAUGAGUCCCUUAGCUAUUUUCUUCCUCUUUUUAAUCAACUCAUCAUUAGCAGCAAAUACUAAUAUUUACAAUGUCCAAAAUUAUGGAGCAAAAUCCGAUGGAAAAACUGAUUCAUCAAAAGCCUUUUUGAAUGCAUGGGCAGCAGCCUGUGCUUCUAAUACCCCUUCCACUAUUAAUGUACCAGCUGGAAAAUACAUGAUUCACAAUGCAUAUUUCAAUGGACAAACAUGCAAGAGCAAAGCUAUUACUAUACGCAUUGAUGGGACUCUCUUAGCUCCAUCUGAUUAUAAUGUGAUUGGCAAUGAAGAAAAUUGGAUAAAAUUUGAAAAAGUCAAUGGCGUUUCCAUCUAUGGUGGUACCUUUGAUGGUCAAGGUGCUGCUCUUUGGGCUUGCAAGAACUCCAACAACAAGAAUUGCCCUGAUGGCACUACGGCAUUGACUUUUUACAACUCAAACAACAUUAUAAUGAGUGGAGUAACCGUACAAAAUAGCCAAAAGUUUCAAAUUAUGGUAGACGGAUGUCGUAACGUAAAACUUCAAGGAGUAAAGGUAUCAGCUCCAGGAAAUAGUCCCAACACAGAUGGAAUUCAUGUAAAAUUAUCAUCAGGAGUUAGCAUUAUGAACUCACAUAUUGGUACUGGAGACGAUUGCAUCUCUAUUGGCCCUGGAACUUCAAACUUAUGGAUUGAAGGCAUUGCUUGUGGCCCUGGCCAUGGAAUAAGCAUUGGAAGCUUAGGUUGGAAACAACAAGAGUUGGGAGUCCAAAAUGUGACAGUUAAGACUGUGACUUUCAGUGGAACAACAAAUGGUGUGAGAGUGAAAACUUGGGCAAGGCCAAGCAAUGGCUUUGUUAGAAAUAUUCUGUUUCAACAUCUUGUUAUGGUUAAUGUUAAAAACCCAAUCAUCAUAGAUCAAAAUUAUUGUCCUAAUCAUGAAAGUUGUCCUCAUCAGGGUUCUGGUAUAAAGAUAAGCGAUAUAACAUAUCAAGACAUACAUGGAACAUCAGCUACAAAGAUCGCAGUAAAACUUGAUUGUAGCAAAACUAAGCCAUGCAGCGGCAUAACACUUGAAGGUGUGAAUCUUAGUUAUCAAAAUCAGCAGACUGAAGCUUCAUGUGUUAAUGCAAGAGGAAGAGUUUCUGGUUUACAAAAAACUACCAAUUGCCUAUUGAAAAAUUAGAUAAACUAAAUUUGUUUGUAAUUCAAAAAAA